AUGAAACUCCUCACCUACCUCCUCACCAUCUACGCCACCACCGCCCUAUCCACCUCUAUCAGUGCCGAAGAAGAAUGCGGCUCCCUCGGAGUACUGAAAAUCGACCCAGCCGAUCUCCCCGAAGGCGUCAUCCCCGCUGAUGUGCGCAAGUGCGCAGAUCAUCCGCUGGGCCAUCUGCCGCACCCCGGUGCUGCUGCAGGUGGUGUGUUGCAGCGUAUUCUGCCGGGUUGGAUGUUUUGA